AUGGCAGUAUGUUUUGUUCCAGCGAGCGAAAGCGAUAUUUCCACUGACCGACUUGAGCCCUCUCAGGACUCUGCAAUGCAAAUCGACAGUCCACAUGAGACUGUGGAGCUGAUCAAACAGGGGGAAAUCGAUGAGUCCCUGUACACCAAGAACAUUGCACUCGCAGGCGUCAAGUCCCUUACCCUUUUCGACCCCGCACCCGUUGCUAUCUCCGAUCUUUCGUCCCAAUUCUUCCUCCAGUCUCAAGAUGUCGGCAAACCGCGCGCUGAGGUCACCGCACCCCGAGUCGCCGAGCUCAAUUCAUAUGUCCCAGUCACAAUCCACGAGGGUGCGAGUCUUGUAGAUGAUCUGGAGCAGCUCAAGAAGUAUCAGGCAAUAGUUUUGACUUUGACACCUCUGAAGGAGCAAUUGAUCAUUGCGGAUUUCUGCCACAAAAAUGGAAUCUAUAUUACAAUCACUGAUACUUUCGGCCUUUUUGGCUACAUCUUCAACGAUUUCGGAAAGAGUUUCAUUGUUGGUGAUACUACUGGUGAGGAGCCAGCCAGUGGUAUUGUUGCCGAUAUUGAUGAAGAUGGUCUGGUUUCCGCCUUGGACGAGACUCGGCACGGUUUGGAGGAUGGUGAUUUCGUGACUUUCACCGAGGUCAAGGGCAUGGACAAGUUAAACAACAGUGCCCCUCGCAAGAUUACUGUGAAGGGCCCUUACACUUUUACUAUUGGCGAUGUGUCUGGCCUUGGCUCUUACAAGAGUGGCGGUAUCUACACUCAGUCGAAAAUGCCAAAGCUUGUUGACUUCCAGCCCCUCUCAGAGCAGAUCAAGAAGCCAGAGUUCCUGAUUUCUGAUUAUGCUAAAAUGGAUCGCCCCAUCCAACUGCACAUCGGUAUUCAGGCCCUUCACAAGUUUGCAGAGACCCAUGACGGUCAGCUACCUCGCCCGCAUAAUGAUAGCGAUGCCCAGGACAUCAUCAAGCUAGCUAAUGAUAUCCUCAAGCUAGCCAAUGAGUCCGUUGCAAAAGAGGAUGAUGAUGUUAAACUGGAUGAGAAGCUGAUUACAGAGCUGAGUUACCAGGCCCGUGGCGACCUUAACCCGCUAGCUGCUUUCUUCGGAGGUGUUGCCGCUCAAGAAAUUCUAAAGGCCGUAUCUGGAAAGUUCAAACCUGUACACCAGUUUAUGUACUUUGAUUCUCUCGAGUCUCUGCCAACCUCAACUACUCGCUCGGAAGAAAGCUGUAAGCCUCUUAGUACUCGUUACGAUGGACAAAUUGCGGUUUUCGGUAAAGAGUUCCAGGAGAAGCUCUCAAAUGUCACCCAGUUCCUGGUAGGAGCCGGUGCGAUCGGCUGUGAGACUCUGAAGAACUGGGCCAUGAUUGGCCUGGGUACUGGUCCCAAGGGUAAGAUUUACGUCACAGAUAUGGAUCAGAUCGAGAGAAGCAACCUGAAUCGCCAGUUCCUUUUCCGCCCUAAGGAUGUUGGUCGCCUGAAGAGUGAAUGUGCUUCCGCUGCAGUUCAGGCUAUGAACCCUGAUCUGAAAGACAAGAUCGUGACUAUGCGUGACCGUGUCGGACAAGAUACUGAACACAUCUUCAAUGAGGACUUUUGGAACCAGCUAGACGGCGUUACCAACGCUUUAGAUAACGUUGAUGCUCGUACUUACGUCGACCGUCGCUGCGUGUUCUUCCGCAAGCCCCUACUUGAGAGUGGUACCCUCGGUACCAAGGGUAACAUCCAGGUUAUCCUGCCUUUCAUCACUGAGUCGUACUCCAGCUCUCAGGAUCCCCCAGAGAAGUCGUUCCCUAUGUGUACGCUGAAGAGUUUCCCAAACCGUAUUGAGCACACAAUUGCCUGGGCACGCGACCUUUUCCAAACUUAUUUUGUUGGACCCCCAGAGUCGGUGAACAUGUACCUAUCUCAAUCCGAUUACAUUGAGAAGACUCUUAAGCAAGCGGGCAAUGAGAGGCAGACUUUGGAAAAUCUUCGCGACUUCCUGGUGACUGAGAAGCCUUUGACUUUUGACGACUGCAUUGUUUGGGCUCGCCAGCAGUUUGAGGCGCAGUAUAACAAUGCAAUUCAACAGCUACUGUACAAUUUCCCCCGGGACUCCAAUACCUCUUCUGGGCAGCCCUUCUGGUCUGGUCCCAAGCGUGCACCAACUCCCUUGAAGUUCGAUGGCUCCAACCCUGCUCACAUCGGAUUUGUCAUUGCCGGCGCCAAUCUCCACGCGUUCAACUAUGGUAUCAAAAACCCUGGUGCCGAAAAGAGCUACUACAACAAGGUUGUCGAUGACAUGAUUAUCCCUGAGUUCACCCCGAGCUCUACCGUCAAGAUUCAAGCCGAUGAUAAGGAGCCAGAUCCCAACGCCCGACCAGCCGGGUCCGACGAUAGUGAUGAAAUUUCACGUCUUGUCAAUGCUUUGCCAUCUCCCAAAUCUCUUGCUGGUUUCCGUCUCCAGCCUGUCGAGUUCGAGAAGGAUGAUGACAGCAACUACCACAUCGACUUUAUCACUGCGGCUAGCAACCUCCGUGCUGAUAACUACGAAAUUCCUCAGGCAGACCGACACAAGACUAAGUUCAUUGCUGGAAAGAUCAUUCCGGCUAUCGCUACCGCCACUGCUCUGGUGACUGGUCUGGUGGCUUUAGAAUUUUUCAAAAUUGUCGAUGGUAAGGAUGACAUUGAACAGUACAAGAACGGUUUCAUCAACAUUGCUCUUCCCUUCUUUGGCUUCAGUGAACCGCUCGCUAGUCCCAAGGGUAAAUACCAGGGCAAGAAAGGUGAGGUCAUCAUUGACCAACUUUGGGAACGUUUCGAGGUGGACGACAUCCCUCUCCAGGAUUUCUUGGAAUAUUUCGCCGAGAAGGGCUUGGACAUCACUAUGGUCAGCUCUGGUGUGAGCUUGCUGUAUGCCAGCUUCUAUCCUCCAGCCAAGGUCAAGGACCGUCUUCCCCUCAAAAUGAGCAAGCUCGUUGAGCACGUUAGCAAGGUCCCUGUACCUGAUCACCAGAAGAAUAUUAUAUUCGAGGUGACUGCAGAGGACCAGACUGAGGAGGAUGUUGACAUUCCGUACGUGAUGACUGAAAGCUCUGCCAAGAUCACUGACUGGGUCAACCGCAAUGACAAAUCAGGCGAGUUCAAAAGACAGCAAUCGAAGUUUCGCGACUUCAUCUCGCGCGAGCCUGGUGCGGAAUUUCCACCAGAAAAGGGACGCUACCAUCUCUAUGUGUCAUACGCUUGUCCUUGGGGAUGGCGCUUUGCCACACCUGACGAGAAGAUUCCUGGCGAGAAUACUAUUCCUGACCCUGUGCACCCGGAAUUCACCCAUAUCCGCCAGGUCUACUUCUCCAAUGACCCAGAUUAUGCAGACCGCUUCACUGUCCCGGUUCUUUUCGACAAGAAGACGAAGAAGAUCGUGAGCAACGAGAGCGCUGAAAUCAUCCGCAUGCUCUAUUACGAGUUUGAUGAUCUCCUACCAGAGCAGUACAAACAGCUGGAUCUCUUCCCAAAAGACUUGCGCUCCGAAAUAGAGGCAUCCAACGAAUGGAUCUACAACGACGUCAACAACGGCGUAUACAAGUCCGGCUUCGCAACAACGCAAGCGGCCUACGAGAAAGCAGUCACAACACUCUUCUCCUCUCUCGACAAGAUCGAAGCCCAUUUAACCAAGCAACUCACUUCAUCGCCCUACUACUUCGGCGACUCGGUGACAGAAGCUGAUAUUCGGCUUUUCACCACCAUCAUUCGCUUUGACCCUGUCUAUGUGCAACAUUUCAAGUGCAAUAUUCGGGAUAUUCGCUCUGGAUACCCUGCUAUUCACCGCUGGAUGCGUGGUUUGUACUGGGAUUUGCCGGCGUUCCGGGACACGACGCAAUUUGAGCAUAUCAAAUUCCAUUACACAAAGAGUCAUACGCAGAUCAACCAGUUUGCUAUUACGCCUAUUGGACCUGUGCCUGAUAUCUUGCCGAAGGAUGAAGAGGUCAGAGCUGUGAAGGCUUAA